AUGUUUUCCAAAAUCGUAGCUUUGAGUGCACUGUUGGCCGCGGCCAGCGCUGGCUACCUGGGCCACGGGCAUGCCGUGUCCUCCCAAAGUGUCAUCCGUCACGAUGAACCCCAUCAUUAUGCUGCUCCUAUAGAACAUCAUGCGUACUAUGACAGCCAUGACGUACAUGCCCACCCCAAAUACGAUUUCUCUUACUCCGUGGCUGACCCCCACACCGGCGACCACAAGUCCCAGCACGAGAGCCGCGACGGUGACGCCGUGCACGGAUACUACACUCUCGUGCAGCCUGAUGGCUCCGUGCGCAAGGUUGAAUACACCGCUGAUGCCCACAAUGGUUUCAACGCUGUAGUCCACAACACCGCUCCCAUCAUUCACGACCACGGACAUGGACACGACUACCAUCAUUACUGA